AUGUCACUAGAAGACCAAGCCCAAUUGCAAGCUCAAGCUCAAGAUCAGACUCCAGUGCCGAAAUCGCUUAGCUCAGUGCGACAUGUCAUACUUAUCUUAUCAGGAAAAGGUGGUGUUGGUAAGUCCUCGGUAACGACUCAAACAGCACUUACACUAGUCAACAAAGGCUUCCGUGUCGGUGUACUCGAUAUUGAUCUAACUGGUCCGUCUCUACCACGGAUGUUUGGUGUUGAAUCCAAACAAGUUCAUCAGUCGGUGCAUGGUUGGGUACCCGUUGAAGUGUAUAAUUCAAAUGAUACAAAGUUAGGUGGGAGUUUGAAAUUAAUGUCGUUGGGGUUCCUCAUUGGCGAUCGUGGAAACUCUGUUGUUUGGAGAGGCCCUAAAAAGACGGCUAUGAUCAAACAGUUUUUGAAAGAUGUCGUUUGGAGUGGUAAUGAUGGUGAGCCAUUGGACUACUUACUUAUAGAUACGCCUCCAGGUACUUCAGAUGAACAUAUCGCUAUCGCAGAAGAAUUAAGGUAUGCACAACCCAUUGACGGAGCAAUCAUUGUAACAACGCCACAACAAGUGGCAACUGCUGAUGUACGAAAAGAGAUAAACUUUUGCAAAAAAGUGAACUUUGAGAUAUUGGGGAUUGUAGAAAAUAUGUCAGGGUUCAUUUGUCCGUAUUGUGCAGAGUGUACAAAUAUUUUUUCGAGUGGUGGUGGAAAACAAAUGGCAGAGACUUUGCAAUUGGCAUACCUAGGUAAUAUUCCAAUUGACCCGCUGUUUGUAGAAAUCAUCGAGCUGCAAGAGGAUAUACAGGGUAAGAGAUUGAUUGAACUAUACGAAAAACUGGAAUUAAAACCAAUCAUGGAAACUGUCAUAGAUCGAAUAUUGAUGCAAAACUUGCCAUCUAGAAUUCCUUAA